AUGCGACCUGGAUUCGCAGAUGACAUCCAACAGAUGCUCGAAAGACCGCAGUCAUUGACAGGAAACUCUCAAGGUUGGGCAUUGACGUCGCCUGCCUGCAAGAGACUCGGCCUGCCUCAAGAUGACCCAAGGCAACACGGCGUAGGCUUCGCUGUGAAGAACUCACUGAUGCCAGCCAUUGAACCACCAACAGGCGGAUCUGAGGGAAACCUAGCAAUUGGGCAUCUCAACAUCUACAACGUCCUCUGCAUCUAUGCACCAACGCUCUGCGCCACCCCAGAGUGCAAAAGGCGCCGCAAUGUCUCUUGGAGACACCCCCGCUCUCGACACUGGCAUCAGCUCGGCCUUGUCAUCACCAGGCGUGCAGCUAACACUCGGAGCUUCUACAGCGCAGACUGCGGCAGGGACCGCUCCCUAGUAGGCUGCAAAGCGAGACUGACAGCCAAGAAAAUACACCACUUCAAAACCAAGGGCCUCCCUCGUACCAGCACCUGUCGCUCCAAUGACCGUGAGAGCUCUCGCCGCUUCCAAACCAACUUUAGCGCGAAGCUCGACACCUCCUCCUUCAGACCACUGACAUCGACAGUAGAUCGCACAACCUCCGUGAUGCCAUAUACACCUCAACCUUUAUUGCCUCACUGGGAUGAGAUGCACCCAGCCUCUGAAACCAAGAGACAAGCAUUUCUGGCCUACAAGCAAAACCCGUGCAUCAGUAACCACGAUGCCCUCAGAGCUGCUCGCAGCAAAGCCCAACAGACUGCACGCCGCUUCAACAACGACUACUGCCUGAACAUGUGCAGUAGGAUUCAGACGGCUGCCGACAGUGGGUACGCAAGAGGCAUGUAUUUCUGCAUCAAAACAGCAACCGGCCCCACUUCCAUAACAACGGCUCCGCUGAAGUCCAAGGCAGGAGAGCUCAUUACAGACCAGGGCAAGCAGCUAGAUCGCUGGGUGCAGAACUACCUGGAGCGGUAUGCAACCCAGAACGUGGUGAUGGAUGCCGCCCUGGAUGCCUUGCUCUGUCUCCCUGUCAUAGACGAGUUGGAUGUCCCGGCCUCUGCAGAGGAACUCGGAAAAGCUAUCGACUGUCUCUCCUUCGGGAGGGCCCCUGGAACGAACUGA